UAUGCGGAAAACAGAUCCUCCGACAGUGGUUCCAUGGCCGACCAGCCCCAGCCCAACGACCCUAGCUGUCCUGGAGUGGAGCCUGCAGCUGCUGCAGCUGCUGCAGAACACAGCUGGUUCCCCGGACCCCCCCCCACCCAUCUACUCCUGCACCCUCACCCCACAGCUGGAGGCCAAGGCCCGGGAGGAGCUCCAGGAGAAACCAGAGUGGCGUCUCAGAGACGUCCAAGCCCUGAGGGACAUGGUUCUCAAGGACCACCCCAACCUCAGGACGCGUCUGGACGACGGCUUCCUGCUGCGGUUCCUGCGGGCCAGGAAGUUUGACUACGACCGCGCGCUGCAGCUGCUGCUCAACUACCAGGCGGGCCGGCGGGCCUGGCCCGAGGUGUUCCAGGACCUGAAGCCCUCCAGGGUGAAGCACGUGCUGGACCUGGGCUUCCUCACCGUGCUGCCCCAGCCCGACCCCGACGGGAGAUACAUCCUCUGUCUCAGGCCAGGGAAAUGGAAACCAAAUGAUUAUCCGUUUGUGGACAACGUCAGAGCCAUUUACCUGACCCUGGAGAAGCUGAUCCAGCCGGAGGACACGCAGGUCAACGGGAUCGUCAUCUUAGCCGACUAUACCGGGGUGGGAAUGUCACAAGCCUCCAAUCCAGGACCGUUUCUGGCCAAAAAAGUUGUGAGCAUUCUUCAGGACGGCUUUCCAAUCCGGAUCAAGGCUGUGAACAUCAUUAACGAGCCCAGGAUUUUCAAAGGCAUCUUUGCUAUAAUUAAGCCGUUUCUGAAGGAGAAGAUGGCAGAAAGGUACAUCCUGCACGGGUCAGACCUGCGGUCCCUGCACCGGAACAUCCCUCCGUCGGUGCUGCCGGAGGAGUACGGGGGCCUGAUGGGCCGGCUGGACCUGACUUCCUGGUCCAGACUGCUGCUGGACUGUGAGGAGGAGUUCAUCGUGGAGUUCUGCCAGCCAGACCCGCUAGAGAGCGUGCUGCUGCCAGACUCCAUGCUGUUUGAGGGAGCGCAGGAAGCCGGGGAGGACGAGGAUUCCUUCAGGGGGCUGCGCUCCCAACUCUACUACUGUUACUGAUGCACGCCGUAUAAAUGCACUCCCAGCACUGAGAGGACGCUGUUUCAUCUGGAACAUAUGACUUUUAGAGGGCAAGUUGCCAAUAUUCUCUGUGAUUUAUUUGACUAACUCAACAGCACUACUCAUUAGUUUACACAUAGACCAGCAUUCCACAUUCAUGGGUCCAGGGCAGCUCCAUGUGCAGCUCCAUGU